AUGGGGAACUACAGACCAGUCAGUCUUACCUCAGCGCCCAGCAAGAUCCUGGCGCAGAUCCUCCUGGAAACUAUGCUAAGGCACAUGGUCAAUAAGGGGGUGAUUGGCGACAGCCAGCAUGGCUUCACUAAUGGCAAAUGGUGCCCGACAAAUUUGUUCGCCUUCUACGGUGGGGCCACGAUUGCUGAAGGUGCUCCUGACCCAACAGCAGGUGCAAGCAUAGAUGAUGAAAACUGCUGGCAUUUGGAUGAGGAACAGGUCCAAGAACAGGUUAAACUCUUCCUUUCCCAUGGUGGAUACCAUGGAUCAGGGAAGCAGCUCAAUUUGCUUUUUGCAAAGGUGCGAGAGAUGCUAAAGAUGAGAGAUUCAAAUGGAGCUCGCAUGUUGACGUUGAUAACAGAACAGUUCAUGGCUGACCCUCGUCUGUCACAUUGGAGACAACAAGGAAAUGCAAUGACUGACAAGUAUAGGCAGCUCUGGGAUGAACUGGGUGCUCUGUGGAUGUGUAUAGUCUUAAAUCCCCACUGCAAGUUGGAGCAGAAGGCCGGUUGGCUAAAACAGCUGAAAAAAUGGAACAGUGUGGAUGUUUGUCCCUGGGAAGAUGGAAACCAUGGAAAUGAGCUGCCCAAUUUAACCAAUGCUUUGCCUCAGGGUGCAAAUGCUAACCAAGAUUCAUCGAACAGGCGUCAUCGGACAGUGUUCACUCGAGCCAUUGAGGCAUGCAAUCUGCACUGGCAGGACAGCCACUUACAGCACAUUAUCAGCGGUGACCUAUACACCAACUGCUGUUACCAUGACAACAAUGAAAACUCACUCUUUGACUCUCACGGGUGGCCCCUCUGGCAUGAACAUGUUCCUACAGCCUGUGCGAGGGUGGAUGCAUUACGAUCUCAUGGAUACCCACGAGAAGCACUGAGGCUAUCAAUAGCUAUUGUUAAUACGCUAAGAAGACAGCAGCAGAAACAGCUGGAAAUGUUCCAGGCUCAGAAGAAAGAACUUCUCCACAAAGGAGUAACCUCAGUAACUAAUCUUGAAGGUUGGGUGGGACACCCUUUGGAUCCGAUUAGCACCCUUUUCAGUAGCCUGAUGGAAGCCUGCAGAGUGGAUGAUGAGAGCUUCCAUGGAUUCUCAGACUUCAUGGAGAAUGUGGGGCAAUGCAAAUCUCUGGAGUACCAGCACCUGCCUGCACACAAGUUCUUAGAAGAAGGGGAAUCUUAUUUAACGCUGGCUGUGGAAGUAGCAUUAAUAGGGCUGGGACAGCAACGAAUAAUGCCAGAUGGCUUAUAUGCACAAGAGAAGGUUUGUCGAAAUGAGGAGCAACUCAUUUCUAAGCUACAGGAAAUUGAAUUGGAUGAUACUCUGGUGAAGAUUUUUCGAAAACAAACAAUCUUCCUAUUAGAAGCUGGACCAUAUAGUGGUUUAGGUGAAGUCAUCCAUCGAGAGAGUGUUCCAAUGCACACAUUUGCCAAGUAUCUUUUCACCUCUCUCCUACAUCAUGAUGCCGAAUUGGCAUACAAAACUGCACUGAGAGCCAUGCGGUUGCUAGUAUUGGAAUCUACAGCUCAUUCGGGAGACAUGUCCCGCCCGCACCACAUUGCAUCAGUUGUUCCAAACCGGUAUCCCCGCUGGUUCACCCUAAGUCACAUCGAAUCCCAGCAGUGCGAGCUGGCAUCGACCAUGCUAACAGCAGCCAAAGGUGAUGUUCAGAGGCUGGAAACAGUGUUAGAAUCCAUCCAGAAAAAUAUCCACUCCUCAUCACACAUCUUCAAACUUGCCCAGGAUGCAUUUAAAAUAGCAACACUCAUGGACAGCUUGCCAGACAUCACUCUUCUGAAAGUUUCUCUGGAGUUGGGACUUCAGGUGAUGCGGAUGACGCUGUCAACACUGAAUUGGCGACGGCGGGAAAUGGCGAGGUGGUUAGUAACAUGUGCAACAGAAAUAGGUGUUUAUGCACUGGAUAGUAUCAUGCAAAACUGGUUUACACUUUUCACUCCAACAGAAGCUACUAGUAUUGUUGCUACAACAGUGAUGUCCAACAGCACCAUUGUCCGUUUGCAUCUGGACUGCCGUCAGCAGGAGAAGCUGGCCAGCAGUGCUAGGACGCUUGCUCUACAGUGUGCUAUGAAGGAUCCUCAAAACUGUGCCCUAUCUGCACUGACCUUAUGUGAAAAGGAUCACAUAGCUUUUGAGACCGCUUACCAAAUUGUUCUAGAUGCUGCUACAACCAGCAUGAGUUACUCGCAGCUUUUUACUAUAGCAAGAUACAUGGAGCACCGUGGUUAUCCCAUGCGGGCGUACAAGCUGGCCACUUUGGCCAUAACGCAUCUCAACCUGAGUUACAAUCAGGACACACACCCUGCCAUUAAUGACGUUCUGUGGGCUUGUGCACUCAGCCAUUCCCUUGGGAAAAAUGAGCUAGCAGCUAUAAUACCUCUGGUGGUCAAAAGUGUCAAAUGUGCAACAGUACUGUCAGAUAUUUUGCGUAGGUGUACUUUGACCACUCCUGGCAUGGUGGGACUUCAUGGAAGGAGGAACUCUGGUAAGCUCAUGUCAUUGGACAAAGCCCCUUUAAGACAACUCUUGGAUGCCACAAUCGGAGCCUACAUUAAUACAACACAUUCACGUCUCACUCACAUCAGCCCGCGACACUAUAGUGAGUUUAUAGAGUUCCUCAGCAAGGCCCGAGAGACCUUCUUAAUGGCUCAUGAUGGACACAUCCAGUUUACACAGUUUACUGACAACCUAAAACAAAUCUACAAAGGCAAAAAGAAACUGAUGAUGUUGGUUCGUGAGCGGUUUGGUUGAUGAAAAUGUGGAGGGGGGAAGGGGGGAUUUGUUUUUACUUG